AUGAUGGCAGGACCUGGUAAUGACAAGUGCAGCAGGUCAGUGGUUUGCAGUGAUGACCCUCCACCUCUGAGUAUUACACUGAAGGAGCUUGGAGAUUUGCCAAAGAAGUUGGAACGUUGGGACAAGGAGUAUCCCCCUGUUGACAUUCUGCUUUUGACUGUGGAGGAUUGCGAGUUCUUGGCUUGUUAUCAUUACUUGCGAGAUUCCUUUAAAAGCUAUGAGAAAUCCAUUGGAUUUGUGUACUUUGGAAAGAUGGGUGACGAUGAAGAUGAGUCACUGAAAGUUGCUUUAGUGAAGUGUUCUAAAGAAUCCUUGGAUCCUGGAGGUUCUCAAACUGCUGCUAAGAAUGCUGUCACACUCCUGAGACCUAAGGCUACCUUUUUGGUUGGUUUCUGCUACAGUCUGAAUCCUGACAAAGCCCAGCUAGGAGAUGUGGUGAUAUCCUCAAAGCUUACACCAGAGUUUCACAAAACCCCAGUGAGUAGGGAUGUUGGUAACCUUGUCAGAAAUGUAGCUGAUGGAUGGAAGGCACCAUUAGAUAACUCAAAAGGGCGAAAGGUCAAAGUACAUCAGGAUGGAGAGAUUUUAAGUUGCUCUGAUCUGAUUGGUGGUAAACAGCAGUGUCAAUCACACCCUGGGGCAAUUGCAAUUGAAAUGGAAGGAAAAGGUGAGAAUUACUAAUUAUUGUUAUUAUUAUUAUUAUUAUUAUUACUAUUAUUAUUAUUAUUAUUACUAUUAUUAUUAUUAUUAUUAUUACUCUCAGGGUUACUCUUGCUUGGCAUCUGUGAUCAUUUUGCAGGAAAUGGCUUUUCCAUAACAAGGAUUAAAUUUAUUUUUUUUUGUUGAGUGUGUUACAGUAUAAUUUAAAUGACAGAAAGAACAUGAUACUCGUUCAUAUCUUUAUAAAACCAAUUUUUUUAUCUCAUCUAAGUUACCCAGUAACUGAAGUAUUACUAUAAAAAUGAUUAUUCCGAGUCAUAUGCAAAGGUGUACUGCGAGCAAGAAAUUAUAAUUACGAGUACUCCCAUUACAUUCCACCCCCAAAUUAAUGUUCUCAAGCUUUACCUCUGAGUUACAAGGUCAGAGGGGAGCUUCUGAUCACUGAGCUGUAAGGCCAGGUUCCUGAAGGAAGAGAGAAAGUUAGCAAUUUUUUCAUAUGGGGAGUGGUCACCACAAUAGUGAUAAUUAUUACAGCGUACCCUCCACUUUGAUGUUCUUAAUUUUUGCCUCUGAACUACAGGACGCUUCUGGUUGUUAAACUAUUAAGCAAGGGGGAGGGGAUAUACUUAACAAUUUUUUGUAGGGGGUCAGUGGUCAGCACAGGUCUACAAUGGUAAUGUGUAUUGCAGUGUAUCCUCCGACUUGUCAUAUUUUCAAGCCUCACCUCUGAAAUAUUCAAGACUUGAAGUUUUGAGACUUUUAAGCAAGGUUCUUGUUGGAAGCAACGUACUCAAUUUGUUUUGUAAGAGGAAACUCUUUCCUGAAUUCCAAAUCCUUACUCUUUAACAUACUGCUUCUGACAAAAAACGUACGCUGCCCUACUCAUUAUACUCUCUGGGAAGAGUGGUGCUAAUUUAUAUACCUGCAGAAAGAACACAUCUCUUAAAGACUUCCAGUAGCAAAGAACAAACAAAAAGAGUGAUCUGCAGAAAAACGAAGCCUUUUUUGCUCCAAUUGAUUGUAAUUAUCUCCCAAUAAUAUCAUUGUUUAAAUCCUUUCCAAUUGUUAUUGCUUUUCUUUUUCAUUUUUCUACCUCAGGCCUGUUUGCAGCAGCUCAUGACAUGAAGAUGGAGUGGCUUGUUGUUAAAGGUAUUUGUGGUUUUGUUCAUGGCGUUGCAUCUACAAGCCAUUCAUGGAAGACAUAUGCUUGUGUUAUGGCAGCUUCUGUUGUAUCCAACAUGUUGAGUAACUCUUUUGUGUUUGGAGACUGGCCUCAUUACGGAGGUACGUGUACACUUUUGUAACAACUUUGGUUGGGUUUUCCAGGAGAUCUUGUAGCUUGUUUUCCUUGGUAUAGAAUAUUGCUAUCUGCUGAUGAGAACUUGGAGACCAACAGUGGAAUUAAAUAUAUAGGAGAAACUGCAAAACAUUCUUUUGAAGUCAUGGACGACGCUCUAAAAUUACAAAUAAGAGGGGGCUAAUAAGAAAUUACUUACUUUUGUAUUUAAUUAAUCUUAAAUCUUUUAUCUCUCUUAGGUUGUAGGUAUUUCAAAUCGUUCAUUAAACACGCUUUUCAACCACCCCCCUCCCCCUGCCCCCCUAACUAUUGUUUUCGUGUCCAGACUCUUAUGCACGGUAACAUGAACCCAAGUUUUCUUUGUUUACCUUUCUACCAAUUACCUCGCUGGUACUGACCGGUUUAAAACUUUGUUGAGAUCUAAAUCUUAGCUUUUAUUCCGUUCCAAUGAAUUUCAGUUCUCCGAGUCCAUCAAUUUCUCUUCUCUCUUUUAUUCCGUGAGCGGGCUUACAUGAGAUUUUCAUCUUCAAUCAGCACUUAUUUCGACUCUUGCUUGUUACCCAUUUCACAAAUUUAGUGAAGUGUAUUUUAAUUCUCGUUACAGUACAAUUUCUUUUCUCUUUUCAGACGUUUCAACAGGAGAGGAGAGUUGUAAAACUGAUGAUCCUUCAGAGAAUAAACGUAGAAGGCUUGCAGGUAUUAUAAUUAUCAAGUGAAGAUAUUCCAUGUUAAGAUUACGUUUUGAUAAAUUAUAGUUACUUUUGUCCGAGCUCAGAAUCCGAAGGUUUUAAGAUCUAUUCCUGGUGAUGACUCAAUUUUUUUUCUGUCCCACGCUCGUGGAAGGACGAUAAAAGAUAUUUCCUUGUUCUUUAUCAUAACAGUUAAUUCUCGUCCUGUUUUACUUCAGCUGCUUAAAUUCCGAAAAUUAAUGAUCGAUGAUAAAAAAUAAAGGAGAGUAUUGUUUUGGAGCUUCUUCCCUCGCACUUAACUCGGACUUUGCGCUCGUUCCGCCCUUGCCUCCAUUUGACUGAAAAGCGCUAAAAAAUUGCGUCUGUUGGCGUCGCACGCUUACUCAUCCCAGCAAUGAAAGUUCAUGUUUCUUUUCUCUAUUUUUUCAGAACAGUUGAAUGUUGAGAAGUGCCAAAAGAAGCUUAAGUCCUAUUAUGACACCUCCAGUGAGGUGAAAAUCGUUCCAUGGGACGACAGCUCUUCUGUUCCGAUAGAUGAGGUCUACACUCCGUUGAAUUGGGUGAGAGAUCACAGGAAGCCUGGCGGAGUGACACAAAAGGAACUUCGAGACUACACCGACAUGUUCAAGGGAGAACAUAAACGAAUGCUUGUUUACGGGCGACCAGGAAUUGGCAAGAGUACGUUUUGUAAAAAGGCUGCAUAUGACUGGUCGAAAGCCUUAAAAGAAAUCCUAAACAACUUUUCCAUUUUGCUUUUGAUUAAGUUGAGAGAUGUGUGUGACGUGGGAAACAUCCGUGAUGUUUUACGUGCGUCUAAAUUGCUGGCCAGUGAUGGUCCGAUCUCAGUUGAUAGUCUCUAUGAUUACAUAACUAACAAUCAAGAUAAAGUGCUUCUUAUUUUGGAUGGCUACGAUGAGUACAGCUGUGCAAAAGAACACUCACCCAUCCUUGAAAUUUGGAAGGGCGAGCAACUAAGAGAUUGUCACGUUAUUGUCACCACGCGACAACUUAAAUGUGACGAGUUAAAAUGCCCCGGCCGCGUUCAGUUAGAAAUUCAAGGUUUUAAAAGCUGGAAACAAAUCGGAACCUUUGCGAGAAAAUUUUUGGCAGGUGAACAAGAUCUUGACGAGUUUAUGUGCUACCUGGAAGAUAAAGGUCUCCGAGACAUGGCAGAAAUACCUCUCCUUCUACUAAUGCUGUGCCUUUUGUGGAAAGAGAAACAUCGUGAAAGACGGCCAAAAUCACGGGCCGACAUAUUCACACAAUUCAUCCAAACAAUGCUAGAUCACAAAGGUGAAAGUCAACAGCCUAUGCCAUUUCAGAAAGUGACCUCAACAGAAGCCAGAGAAGACCUUAGUAACCUUGGAAAAGUUGCCUUUGAAGCGCUUCUGCAAGACCAUCUUUACGUACGCUGCAGCGAACUCCCCAGCAAUAUUUCAAGAAGUUUUGAAAAAUUAAGUGAAGUUGGGCUUUUCCAGAUUGUCAAUCUUACGAGUCUAAAUCCUGAGAAAGGGGCCUAUUUCAUUCAUAAAUCCGUCCAGGAGUUCCUUGCAGCCUGGCACAUUAAGGAGGAAGUGUUGUCGAUUAAAGGAGAAAGUACGCCUAGCCUUUCCAAAGUUGAAUCAUUUGAAAAGAUCGUGAAGAUGAAUGAAGUUCUGAAAUUUGCUUGUGAGCUGUCAACAGAGGCCGCGUGUGCAGUUUUCCGUCAUGUAGGGUUUGUUGGAAGAAAGGAAUCUUUGUCGGAAUGUGAUUUCAUCGAUCUGCUUCAGCAGCUUGAAAAACGGUUGUCUCGAGAUCAACAGCUUUAUUUAGAGCUUAUCUCGCAUAGCUAUAUUUGGUGUUCGGCCGAGAAGAGGCAGGAUCUCUGUUCGAUGUUUCCCUCUUACACUGGAGAUGUUUUGUUACUUGAUUCUAACCAGCUGAACAUUACUGCUAAUAGACACGUGCUGAAAUCUGCCGUGAUACCCAACUUCAUUUUUUUCAAACACAAGAAAGAGGAUUCCGAGAAAAACUAUCGAGACUUAAUCACUUUAGCGGAGGACACAGGUGCUGUUUUUUUGAGCUGUUCGGGUGAAAAAAAAGCCGCAGAUUUUCUAAAGAAGUGCCCACGUCGUCCUUUGAAAGAGUUCCUCUUGAAGAGAGAGAGAAAAAUUAUCCUUUAUGUUUAUCAACUAUGGAAAGAAGAUUUUGACACUUUUCCGACUGAAAUGCUGCGAGAGCUCAUUUCAUCAACAACAGAGUCUACUCUGGUGAAGCGCAUCGGUGAUCCGUUGAAUGAACAGGACAACGAAACAGCUUCGUGUUUGACUAAAAACACUAAUCGCAUCACUGAUCCGACUCCAAACAGCCUUUCCUGUGUGAGGAACAUUAAUAUUGCCAACUUAGAAAGGCAAGAGAUGAAGGUACUGGCUGAUUGCUUACCAGUUUGCACUUCUCUGCGGUGUUUAUUCAUUGCUGGUAAACCGUGUGAAACCAUUGAUGCUCAGUUGGCAGAGACCCUGGUGUCUCAUAUCAUCUUCACUGACAGACUCGUGAGAUUAAAACUAGAAAAUAUCAAUUUAACAGCCAAACCUGCCGCAGCCAUCGCCAGAUCUCUGCACCAGGCUCCUAGCCUGCGCUAUCUCAACUUGUCACAUAACCCUCUUGGUGAAGGAGUAAGUGUUCUCACUCGACAUCUCUGCUGUGUUCCUCACCUGGUGGCGCUGUCGCUUGAUGAUGUUACAAUGACAAAGCAACAGGUGAUAGAUUUGAGUGCAGCUUUACGUCAGAGUAACAUCCCCUGGUUGCGGACACAAUACCACGUAAGUUUUGUGAUCUUAGUUUGCAUAUGUAGUCAUUAUUCAUGUCUAUUCUGUUCAAUUUCCUGUGGUGUUGUUUCAAGAAUUUUUACGCCCUUGGUACGCGGAGCAAGUGCGAUAUUUCCUUUGCUUUUAUAGAACAAGAGUCAAGUUCAUCUCAUGAGAAGUCACCACCAGUCGGUUCAAAUCAGUUUGUAAAUGUAAUUUUUAAUUACAAUGCGGCAUGUGUAAAUACCACGAUGGGCAGUUAUGUUUUUAUUUCGCUGUUUACAUCGCUGUCGCUUUGUUAUUUGCAUCUAUUUCUUGCUGUGUUUCUGUAAGAACUGGCGAGUCUGGACCACCUUGCAGUAGUUUCUAGGCGUUUUAAAAUCACUUCAUCAAUUAACCCGCUAAAAAAAUAAGAAUAAAGAAUUAAAAAGACUGUUUACGAUGAAAAUAUGACAUUUUUUUAAGUUUGCUUCUUUCUGUGGUAUGCUUUUUAUUUGUCGAUCAGUAACGGACUAGGUGUGCAGAAAUUUUCCUUUUACUUGAAUUUAAACACGUUGUAACUUUCAGCAUUGGUGAUACCUACUUUACAUUAGCUAGCGUUAAUUAAAUGUUGAAAGGAUGCCAAAGUAAGAGAGGAAAUCCAAAGGGAAGCAAAUAUUGUGGCUUUUUGAUGAUUUUAAUGAUUUCGAGUAAAAGGUUUUACUUUCCAUUAGGACAUUUUACAGUCACUAUUUGUCGCUACCUUUUAAUCUGUUAAACUUGGAAGCAAGUCAUUUUUUCAGUUAAGAUGAGAACCCAUUUGGGUAAGUUUUGUUGACGUUUGAGGAGGGCUGAAGCCUUAAGUCUGUAGUCUGUAGGUUCCAGACCGUUCCGCGUGGCGGCCAUUUAUGAAUACGGUGUAUUCAGUGUCCCAAACAAUAUUAUUUUGAGUAUUUACAGUGGAAACACAGAAACUGGAUACACUCCAUUCCUAAUUUCAUCCCAUUAACCUUGAUAAAUCUAUUCCUUUUAUAAUCAGGGCCAGAAAAAAGGAAAAAAUACAAUAAAACCAAAGUAAAUGCGUUACCACACCGUGCGCGUGAAUGUGAGAACGGCCGCUUGUUUUCAGAUAUUAAUGACAGAAAGUUAAUGUCAGUGUUUGGAAGAGAUCAAGAAGUUGCUCUCUACACUUGUGUGUUAAAAUUGAGGAAAUCUGCCUAUACUGGUUUUCAAAUUUUGUUUAUUCGUUCAGCUUUUUUAUUUUCCUCGGAAAGUGGUCUUGAUUUCCGUAAGAGAAAGAGGAAUUGAGAGAGCAAACAACUGCUUGUUUUUAACAUGAGCUGAGCAUCUGUCCCUAUGAAGUGAUUUGAGACCUUAGUUUUUUCACUUUUUUUUCUCUUAAACUUUCUUCUGCACAGAUUUUCCUUUUCUCCCACCGAACUAAAAGUUUCUCCAGGAAAACUAUCGAUUAGAAAAGAAAUGACCGAGGGCUUUCUUGAAAAUGGGUAGAGAAAGAAUGCUACAGCUGUAAGGGAGAUAUUGGUUCAAAUUUCGCAGUAGAGAUUCUCUAAUGCAAUUGGUGUGGGGUUACCUUGAUCAAACUAUUUUUAUCCAACUCUAUCCAGAGAACUUCUUAUUAAUCAGCCUGUAUGACAAAAACACUUAAGUAUACAUCUAUCUGAAUCAAGUUCGCCCUAAGUAGGUAUACGUCUUUACAUUUUUUAUAGUAACUUACUAAGCAGACUGCUAAGCUGAUGAGCUGCUGAACUACAAAAAUAUUGCAGCAUUUGAAAUGCUCACAAAUAAUGUUCACUUAUGCAGUUUCCUUAGUUUUAAAAUGAGUACUAACUGUGGAUGAGCCACUAAGUAAAUAUUCAUAACCUUUAAGAGGAGAAAUCAGCAUUUCCUUUUUCUCACAUGAACUACUGAACCUUUGUCUUAAAAGUUACCUUGUAUUCUUUGGGUGAGUUUGUCAGGUAUGUGUACCGGUAGGACUCUAGGAAAGGUGGUCACUUAAUGUUAUUUUGUUAAUCAUACGAUGUAAUGUAUAUUUCUUGACCACUGUAGCUUUUUACUCUAAUAACACAAUCAGCACUGGCCCCACCAUGGAUGUAAUUGGAAUAUAUCUAAACUUUGGUGAGCCUUGCUAUGUUAGCUUACAAGGAACAUUUCUCAAUAUAAAAGUUGUUUUAAAAUGACUUAGUCAAAAUACUCUUGGCCUAAUUUCUCCUCAUAUAAAAAGUAACGGGGUUCAACGAGUUUGAGUUCAGAUGUAUGUUGUUUAAUAAAGUAAUGUUGAAUGUAGGUUUGUCAUUUUUGACAGGGUGGCAAAGGGAAUGUCAAACCUGAAGAAGAAUGGCCAACAGAUGAAUACUGGAGAGAGCAUAGGAGCUACUGGUAUGGAUCAGAAGGAGAGCCAGAUCCUGGGUCAGUUACUGACUCAGGUGAUGAGCAGGAGCCUAGGUCCUAUCUGGAAAUGUAACAGACCAGGAUUGGCUCAGUAGACUGCUUGUAACUAGAGAAACUUACCAUUGGUCAGAACUGGCUGACCAGACCAGUCCAUCCACUGAAAGAAUUCCUUCAGAUCUGUUCAGCUAGAGAAGUCAAUUCCGAAGUUGUAUUCACUGUUUGAUGGAAAUUUGGAAAAACAUUUGGGAAACCUGAUUAAGCAAAACACAUUUCAAAAUGAUUGGUUGGCCUGGUAGGUUUUUGACCAAUGGUAAGAGACUUCGGUGUUGUGAUCGAAUGUACAACCAAUCAACGGUUGGAUAAAAAAUAAUGAAAUAUAUUUUUAGAAUCACUUAGGUAAGGUAAAUUGGUACCUUCACUAACAUGGAAACUGCCUUCCACAACAUUGGUAAGAACAUGUGAGAUGUUUCUCUGGAGUCAGAGUGUCUUGUCCUUGAAAUUGAUUGUUGGAUUUGAAUAUAUUUUGAUUUUAGGCUAUUUGUCGAUGUCCACCGUUGUUGGUUGUAGGUUUGAUUUACAGCUUUGAGCUUCAAAAUUUGGUUUUCAUGGUAUUAUUGAGGUAGAGAGGUAUUUCUGUCAUUUUUUAGUUAAGUAGGCUUGAUUAUAUGCUUCCCAGACAAAUGAUUACUUCAUUAGGGUGACUGUGCAGUUAAUUUUCUCAUUUCUUUUGUUACAUACGUAAGAUGUCCUCAAUGCAGCCAUUCUUUAUAAAAUCAUAGAUUUUCAAAUGUGGCAAAGAUUAAAACCUCAACUAUAGAUUGAAGUCUUCACUAAAAGCCAGAAAACAAUGUGAGAUAAAUUUUAUGAUUAAGGAUUAGUUUUUUGUUUUAAUUUUCCAUGGCGUUCAACAUGAUGGGAACAAAUUUAGCUGUUUGUUAAUACACAAAAGGCGUCUUCUUAAAUAAAGUUCUAAACAUUCCAUUCGAGAUUAGUGUAAAUAGUGGUUGACAUUCAGUUUUCAGAGUCCAUUGAGUAUGGAGAAAGAAGGGAGACCAUUUUUGACAAGUGUGUCCUUAACUCUGAAAUGUAAAAUAAUUUAACACAGUAUUGUAUUGGUUGUACUCUCAAAACUGUCAAGUGAUUGACAGUUAAGUUAUAGUGCUAUUGUGGCUGUACACUGUGCACAUUGUAAGAUUUUAACUAAAUCCGCUAAUUUUUAAAUAUUGAGUCAGUAAGGCUGACUUUUCAUAAGGCUGAAAAGUUUUGUUUUUAAGCGCUCAGUUUUGCAACUGUAC